AUGGGUCCAGCUGUCUGUGUCUCAACCUCCAGCUUACAGAUCACACUUAUUUCAUCAGCAGACAAGUGCAGGACGAUGUUGAAAUUCGAGAGAUUAAUUCAUGUUCAGAUAUGUAACACGAUAGAGAGACACCGCGUGAUCGAUGGCGUGGCCGGGGCUCCAGCCAAGGUCUCUAUAAUGGACCGUCUGUGUACGUCCUCUACGGCCCCCUACAUAUCCUUUCGUCUCCACCCUUACGAGAUAAAGGACGGCAUCCACCCUCGCUCCACGGAGGAGGUUGCGUCCUCGUCUUUCUUCUGGGUCGCCCAAAAUCCCUGUUUUUUAUCCCCGAGGGCGAGGAUGCCCGUCGCGAAAGUUUUUAGUUGCAAAUCUUAUGAGAACCAAAACUCAGUUUCACGGGCCGAGGUGACAAUGAAAAAUCCCCGGCCCUUCAAGCAGUUGGACUCUGUGGUUGUGGUGCGCAGAAUAAGUCCUGAACGGCCUGAGGAAGCCAUGGGCCCUGUUCCCUCAGCCCCACCAAUUCAAACCCUCCCGAUGAGCAUCAUGGCGUUAAAUGGUAAACGAAAGAAGGACGCGGACUACCAGAGUAAACACAAAAGUAGCAGAUCUCCCUUACAGACAACUGGCUCUAAUGCCUCGAAAUAUUACUCAUGGUCAACCGGUAACUCAUGUUGCUGUGUGCAUGCCCAUGGCGCCCUAGAGUGCUACCGGUCUAAUUUUUUACAUAACAGCCACCGAGACUACCAUACGACCUAUUUUGGUUUGGUCACAGAAGAGAAAGUCCUUGAUCGAGAUUAUAGUAAUGAUCUGCUGGACAGGGAAAAGAGUCGGUACCCUCGGCUUCGGCUGAGAGCAGAGGCAGAGGGGAACAUUGCAUUCAUCACUUCUCCGGCUAUUAAAACUUACUUUAUGGUUGGAUCAUCCGAUCCCAUAGAAAGUAAUGCAGGCGGCAGCUUUGCUGAGAUCCUUCUCUACAGAAGGCAUACCACUACCCAUGAUUUUUUAUUAUCUUGCAUUUUUUUCUUCCCCCCCAGUGUUGACAAUAGUGAAUACAUGCGAAAUGGAGACUACGUGCCAACACGUCUCCAAGCUCAGCAGGAUGCAGUUAACACCAUUUGCCGUUUUAAACUUAGGUCUAAUCCUGAGAACAAUGUUGGCCUCCUCACCUUAGCCAAUACUGAGGUCCUUGCAACACUGACCACAGAUGUUGGGAAAAUCCUGACUUCACUGCAUAAAGUGAUGCCAAAUGGGUUCAUCAAUCUCCUGACUGGUAUACGAAUUGCUCAUUUAGCACUGAAACACCGUCAAAGUAAAAACCACAAAAUGCGUAUUGUUGCCUUUGUGGGAAGUCCAAUUGAGGCUGACGAAAAAGAAAUCAUCAAGGUAGCCAAACGCCUCAAGAAGGAGAAAGUUAACAUUGACAUUGUUAACUUUGGGGAGACAGAUAUCAACCAGUCUCUGUUGGAGGCCAUGGUGAGUACCAUCAAUGGCCGAGAGGGUGGUGGAUCACACUUGGUCACUGUGCCUCCUUCACCUCAUCUAGCAGAUGCCCUCUUGUCCUCACCUAUUGUCCAGGGUGAGGAUGGAGGAUCGGCUGCAAGCUUUGCAACAGGCGGGGGCUUUGAGUUUGGUGUUGAUCCUAAUGAGGAUCCAGAACUGGCACUGGCUCUGCGUGUGUCUAUGGAGGAACAACGGCAGAGACAGCAGGAAGAGGAACGUCGUGCUGCUCAGGAAUCAGCAGCAAAGGCUCCCUCUGCUGAAGCUACACCUCAGCCACCUGCCACAACACCAACACCACAACCUGCUGCAACAGAAGGUGGUCAAUCUGAAGAGGAGAUGUUACAACAAGCUCUAGCAAUGUCACUGGAAGUUGGAGGUGCUGGUGGCUCAACACAAGCUAAAGGAUCCACCGCUGCCAAGCCAGCUGCAGCUCCAAAAGCUGCCCCUGCUGCUGCUGUUCCAGACUUCUCUGCAAUGACAGAAGAAGAGCAGAUUGCAUAUGCAAUGCAGAUUUCUAUGCAGGACUGUGCAGAGCCUAAGGAAGAACCAAUGGAUGUGGAUACACCAAGUGAAGACAGAGGUGCAAAGGGAGUAAAGGAAAGCUCAGAGGUGAAGAAAGAGGAGGAGGAACAGGAUUUCUCGCAGGUCAUGGCAGAUCCAGCCUUCCUCGAGAGUGUGUUGCAAAACCUGCCUGGCGUUGACCCCCAGAGCCAGGUUGUCAAAGAGGCUGUAGGGUCUCUCACUCAACAGGACAAGGAUAAAGAGAAGGAUAAGGAUAAGAAGAAAGAUGAGAAGAAAUAAGACAUUUUUAUAUGUGAGGAGAAAACUAUCUUAAUAGCAUUAUAAUUCUCAGCUCAAAUUAAGAAAUGUUUCCUUUUUUAUAAGAAUAGUCUCUCUUUUAUGUAAACUGGGGAAGCAUUUGUUUAUACAAGUGAAAAAUUCACUUGCAUAAAUUUGUAUGUAAAGUCUUUGUUUGAUUUUUUUUCUCUAAGGUAGGGGUUGUUUAGAUAUCAAAUAACCAGAGGCUGAGAAAGUUUCCCCAACAGUUAGCUUAAGUUCAGACAUACUUUGUGUCAAAAGCGGUCUUGAAAAAUUCUUCUCUUAGCAACAUGGCUGGGUGUCUGUUCUACAGCAACCAUUCAACACUGCUCUGAACAGGCUAUUAUAAAUAUGCUGCAUUGGCAGUUUGGUCCAUGUAUGGUGGCCAUUUAAAGUCCAUGAAUAAAGCUUAAAUAAAAAGUAAAAGAAUGGUUUUUUUUUUUUCUUUUUAUGUGUUCUUACAGUAGGUAGUUUGGGAACUUUUCUUUUUAGUCAACAAAAUGUUUGAUUUGAAUGAUUAAGAUAAUUUGACAUCAGUACAGUAGCCAUCUUGUUUCGAGUUUGUAAUUGGUGUUCAACACAAAAUUUGUAAUGUGAUUUUCCUAUAUUGUAAGCCAUCUCAUUCACAUGUAUAAUUUACAAGCAAAGGCUAAAUUUGCUUGUAAUGUUUGUUUUAUUUACACUGAAUGUGUGGCUGAGAUAACCACUCAAUUGGAAUAUUUUGCAUAAUUCCCAUUGGAUUUUCAUUUUCUGUGUGUGGAUAUACAAAACUAAUAAUUAAAAAAAUAUGAAAGAAAACAACAUUAUUUUCUUAUAUGUGCACGGCAACUUGAAUGUGUAAAAUAACAAAAUUUUAUUAAAUAGAUGGAAGCUGCUUCAGAGAAACAAAUAUUAAUAAACAUUCCCAGUAUAACUAAAGUAUACAAUCAAAUAUUAUCCCAGGAGAUGAUGUGCAGCAGCUGUUUUCAAAGAAAGUAAGCCAUUAAAUCUUGUUUAGUCUUCUUCCAGCAUGUAUGUAUUUACAUGAUUAACUCAUCCACAACAGGAUUUCCCCACAAAAUCCAGAGCCAUGGGCCAUCGUGGAGUCAGCCAUGCAUUGAAAAAUCAGAAGCAUAGGAAACCUACAUUUACCUUGAUCUCUGGUUUUGGAUGCAGCAUACAAAGUUUAUGAAAUGAGGCUAAAAAGAAACUCACCUUAUUUUUGAGGUAUCUGCUCAGUAACUGUACAGCAAAUACAUACAUUGAGAUAAAACAUCUGGUGUUGAAAUAUAAAAAAAUAUUAGUUCCAGGUAUAUUAUGUCAAUGUUCAAAUUAUAACUAUGAUCAUACAAUACAGAUUCCUAGAAAUAUAAUCAUUUGCGCGUUGUUAUCGCGGGGGUAUAAUGGGGGGGGAGGGCUUAUGAGACGGGGAUUGAGACCCAGUAUGGGGGAUCACCCCAACCUUGGUCCUCAGCCCUCGCCCCAACUAAUUUUGGAUGGUCUUUUCUUCCCCUCCUCUCCUUUUCCUUUUAUUCAUCCCCUUGUUCUGUCCACUUAUCUUAAUCGUUAAAAUUAUUUUGCCGUUUUCGCCACAAUGCUUUUGUCAUAAUGCUCCCUAUUCCCUUUUAACAACCUUUACCUUAUAGUAUACUCCAUCAGCUCCUUCUCUGUGAUGUGUACAUAAGCCAGUAGACUAAUAGACCAUUUAGCUGUUUGCCACGUGGCCCUAAGUCAAUAUGGAACCAUCACACCAGCGAGGACCUAGAUGACGCUUAUAUCUGACCUCGUCAGGGCUGGCUGGCCGGAACGCAACACCGCACUCGGCGGUUACCCUAAGUCAACGUCUACUGUGUUCCCCUUACUGUGUUGUACUCUUUUAUGGAAAUAAAAGAGUCAAGCCAU